GGCCUGGGAAAGAGGGGGUAUAGGCCUAUCGGCCGCUCCGCGCUCCGCGCUCUGCUCAUCUUUCCUCUCCUCUCCCAGAAACAUUGUGAUGCAAUUUAAUUUUGUUGUUUUCAGGCCUAAAAGUGAAAGUUUCCACUGAUAACAGAGGCGAAGUGAAACUCCGCCCAGUCCCCGACCACUGGAGGUCCAUAGCCGGAGUUAAUCGAUUGGGUCACCACCAAAAGCAGCAGCAGCAUCAACAGAACUUGACCCAUUCCAAAGGGCGCAUUCCGCACAUGGGGCGCAGGGUCAAAGCCGCGCCAGAAAGACCGGAACCAAAAGACACUGAUAGCGCCAGCCGAUGAGCGGGCAUUGCGGAUUGGGCGCGGAGGUCUAACCUCAAAGCACGACGAGCACGCAUCAUCGGCGCACACAGAGAUUGCCGUUUUCCAUUCCCAUUCCCAGCGGAACGGACUCCCAGGAUUCACCAAGGAGUUUUCCACGCCGCAGAAUGCAACGCCUCAUGCCGGCCUCCUGGACCAGUGGCGGCAGCCUGCUGCCCUUCCGCGUUUCCACCACCACAAAGGUCGUCCUCUUCUCGCUGACCGCCGGCGUAGCCCUGAUGAGCGUCCUAUCCCGCUUCCUGCGGCGCCGGAAGCCACCGCGUCCGCCUCGAAGGGCCAGGAAGUACACGGGCCGGAGGAACCGCAACAGCAUGCGCAGCCCCAACGACCUCAUCUCGAUAGCCGGGUCCAAGGCCUCGGCGAGAUCGGGCAGUCCGGUGGGCUCCACGCUGGCCUACUCGGACCGCCUGUCCAUGGCCUCCGGUUCGAUUGGCGUCGGCGUCUUGGGCGUACAAAAUGCCGCGCCUGGCGGUGGCGGCGGCGGCGGCGGCGCCGGCUCGGUGGUCACCCAACUGACGGCCCAACAGCUGGGCAUGAUGGGCAUGGAGGCGCUGGACACGGUGAUCAAUUUCUGGGAGGAUGCCUUGGCGGCACACUACUCGCCCGGCGGCCUGCCCGCCCUGAUGACCACGGCGGAGGACUCGGAGUUCUGCCGCGAGAUCCAGAACCUGCUGGAGAUGGCCUACACACUGCAGGAGCAGAGUGAACUACUCUUCCUGGACCAGCGCUCGGUGCUGUUCCGCGAGGAGCACUCCAUUGACGAGGCCGACGAGGAAGUGGACGACGAUCGGCGGUCCCGCAAGUCCGGCAGUGUCCUGAGCCGAGCUGGUUCCGAUCCCAACUUUGAUUCGGCGGAAAGCUUUGCCUCCGCUUUGGACCAGGUGGCGGAUCUGCGGGAGUUCGACGGGUUCAUCGAGACCUCGUAUGAGGAGUAUCCGCUCUUCCAGACUGCGCUCAAGCAUCACGAUGAGUACACGGUGCCGUGCCGCACUAUUCGGGCGGAGCUGAUGCACUGCAGCACCGACACCGAAUAUCUGGCCAAGCUGCACUGUGUUCGGCUGGCCUUUCAGUUCCUGUUCAAGGAUCCGGCUGUGGGCCAGUGGAUCUGCGAUGCCGGCCGUCAGAUCCUAACCGAUCUGCUUUGCCUGGGCGACAAGGACACCAAGGAGUUCCUCGUCGGCUACGAGGACAUGGUCAACUAUCUGCACGACAGCAGCAACUGGCCGUGCAUCCAAAUGGAGCUGGAGCAGCGCAAUGUCAAGGCGAUGACCUUCUACGACAUCUGCCUGGACUUUAUCAUCCUGGAUUCGUUCAAGGACCUAGAUGCGCCGCCGGCCAGCGUCACGGCAGUGGUGCAAAACCGCUGGCUGUCCAACGGAUUCAAGGAGACGGCUCUCACCACGGCCGUCUGGUCGGUGCUGAAGGCGAAGAAGCGCAUGCUGAAGUUUCCCAACGGAUUCAUGUCGCACUUCUACGUGAUAUCCGAGCAGAUAUCGCCGCUGAUGGCAUGGGGCUUCUUCGGACCCAACGAGAACCUGCGCGACAUCUGCCACUACUUCAGGGAGCAGCUGCUCGCCUUCCUGGGCGACAUCUUCAGCUUCCAGAAGAGCCGCUUCACCACCAUCGAGGAGUUCUCGCAGGAUGUCCUGCAGCACAUGCAGACGCGUGUCAACAACAUUGGCGUCAAAUUUAGCCAGUAGUGUUGGCAUUCACUUCAGCCUUUCAACCAUACUUCUUGGACUCCCUUUUACUUUUUACAAACCCGAUUGGUUCGGUAGUUUCCCUAAGAAAAGCUCCACACAAGUUGACUAAUUUUAAAGCCUCAUGCAUUCAGCCACAUGACACCAACCAAAUCCACGCACCGUCAUUGUAUGAUUAAGCUGCAUUUAAGUCGCCAAAAAAAAAAAAACAUUUGUAAAAUAAAACUGUUUACCGCCCGUUCCGAGCAAAAAUCCAGCUGCGAUGCCUCCGAUUGCGUGGAAGAAGUCGGCCUUGGUAACCGACACGUCGCAUACCCUUUAUUAUAUGAGUUCAGUGAUAUAUACCACAUACGCUGACAUUACCACGCACAAGAGAAAGUACUUAAGUCAAGAAUUAAACAUGGAUCAGUUAUAUUAUCGUCACUAAACCCCUAAAAGCAAUUUACUAUUUUGUUAUAAUUUUGCGAAACUAUGUAAAACCAUUAUCACAAUAACAAUUUGUGGAAGUUGAUAACAUACAUAGCUUUAUAUUAAUCUUUAUGAUCAAUUUAUUACUUUUAUUAAAAAACGAACAAUUUAAAUAAUUUAAGAGAUUGAGUAAGCACUACAUGAUAUAAAAAUCGGAUAUACUGUGAACGUAGAAAUCCAAACAUUGUUGAAUUAUUUGAAAUACGUUUUUUUUUUACCAAACUAACGACCAAUCGUUCCUUUGGAUGAUGAUCCCAAAUUUCAAAUAAUAUCCCCCAUAUAAGAUUGUUUUUUGUAAACUAAUUCUGAAUUAUGUGAAAUAUAGUGAUCAGAUUAU